UGGGGUUCCAUUUCUCGACACAAAAGUGGUGAGAUGCACAGAUAAUGUGAUCAAACUCGAUUGGUACCAGAAGCCGACCUCCUCAGGACGAUACAUCCAUUACAAAUCCAAUCAUUCUUGGUCCGUGAAAACAAACCUUAUCAAGGGAAUGUUCAAACGAGUCAAGAACAUCUGCCACCCCGACUUCCUGAAGUCGGCGGAGGAAAGACUGCUCAACAUUUUCGAGGACAACGGCUACCCUAGGAUGUUUUUGGAAAGAUGUCUUCAUGCCCUGCCCCUUGACCUAAGUGAGGAUGGAUCACCAACAGAAGAACCAGCAACAACAGCCCAGAACGAACCCAUCAAAUAUGUAUCCCUACCUCUCCUCCCAUCUUUAACGAGAAAAUUGACCAAUAUCUUAAAAGAUGUCAAAAACAUAAAAAUUGCAAAAUACAACCCACUGACAGUGGGAAGAAUCUUCAGCCAUGUGAAGGACAGAAUCCCCAUAAUGUCCAAGUCAGAUGUGGUGUAUCGCAUCUCAUGUGGGAACUGUAACUCUGUAUAUAUUGGCCAAACUUCUCAAUGCCUAAAAAAGCGUAUUGCCAUCCACAAAAGUGAUGCCAAGCUACGACCAGACAGAUGCGCAUUGGCUAACCACGCAUCAUCAUUGGGCCACAAAUUCAAAUUCGAUGAAGCCGAAAUAUUGUGUCUCAACUCAGACUACAAUAAAAGAACAUUUUUAGAAAUGUGUUUUAUCAAUGAAAACGAAAACAACAUCAACAGGAAGACUGAUCUCGGAAACCUCAGCGCGAUAUAUAGUUACAUAUUAUCCUUGGACAAACGUCCAGCCGAUGACCAUACUGUCGAUGUCAUUACUUGAUUGUUUAUGUUCUGUGUUUUACUGUGUUCUGUGACAUUAACCUACAAUUGCAAUUUUGCUUCAAACCAACUUGCUUUAUUAUUUUAUUCAAACAACCUGCUUUAUAAAUUUGAGUUUAAAUUAAUCAUAUAUAUAAUGUUUCUCCAAAAAUCUCUCUGUAAAUUUAAACAAUAAUCUUGUCGGACCAUCCUGAAGAAGAACCACAAGAGGUUCGAAAUAUAGAUGUUAUGACACCUGAUUGUUGAUAAUUGCCCAGCCAAUAAUUGCCGAAUACCCAAAUUAGC